CCCCUCUCCAAAUAUUUUAUUUCUCUCUUUUUCUUAAAAACAAUGCAAACGAAUGUAGGAUUAGACAAAUCGUGAAUCAUAUACAAUUCCACUUUCUGUGGCCUAUCCCAUGUUUUCCUUCUAGUUCUCUGUUUUGAAACUUUUCACUCCGAAAAUUCCGAAAUUCACAUUCCAUCCCGUCGAAAUGUGACCCACUCAAAUAUUCAAAACUCAGUCAAAAUGUGCUCCUUUCAAAAAUGUUGAUGGCGCAACUUCUGGGCACCCUUAUUCAUCAGACCGUUUCAAAGGUUCGUAUCUUUCUAGCGCAGAAAUCUUUCUUCCUCUUGGAGAGUUCAUAUACACUCAAUGGCAAAGAGUAUAGGAUGAACAGAUUUCGGUCAGUCAAAGUUGGAAGAAAUGAACUUCAUACUUCAGACACUCAAAAACAGAUGAGAUUGUCAUCACUCAACUCCAAUUAGAGCGCUACCUCCUUACCCACUGCUAUCUGAUGGCAAAAGAAUAUGUGCCAAAGUGUCAGCAUUUUAUUAAUAGAGAAGCACAUAACCGAGGACUAAGUACAGAAGAAAAAAAGCCAAUUUCGAAAUUCUCAGCAUCUCCUUAAGGCAUGAAGGAAUCACAAUUAUUUUCCCAAAGUGAUUAACUUCAUAAAAGAGAUAGCAUUCCACAACCUAAUAUGGUAUGUUUCCAGUUCCGAAUCAUAGAAAAUAUUUCACGAUUUGAAGUUUUUCGUCAAAUAAACUAAAAUAAUUAGAUAAUAAAGUAACCUUAAAUAAAAACCUUUUGUUUUUUACAGUUUUCAAUACUUACAUUGAGACCAACUGUAUAUCGAUUAAUAGCUUGGUUGUGGGGUUGCAUAUUAUUCCUGUUCGUUUGUUCUGGAACGUUACACGGGUGCUUGUGUUGUAUUAAGUUUUAGCGCUUUAGAUUCAACUAUAAAAAUGCCGUCUACCAAGAUUAGUGAGCUUAAGAAUGAUAUUGAAGAAUUAUCCAAGUUUAUUAAUUUAACCACUAGACCUAAAGUGAAAGAAAUUCUGUCUCUUGAAGUCCGUAAGAUUGAAACUGAAAUUAUCAAGCUUAAAGAACUUAGUAAAGAAGUGCAGUCAGGAGUUCCCUCAAAAGCUCAAAGCUCAGUGGGAUCAAGAUGUUAUGAUGUUAAACUGACCAACUAUGCAUGGGAUCAAUCUGACAAGUUUGUGAAGCUCUUUGUCACACUUAAGAAUGUGCAGUCUCUUGAAGCAGUGCAAAUAUUUUGCAAGUUUUCUGCAAGGUCAGUUGAGCUAAGAGUUAAUGGACUUGAUAAUAGAAACUAUUUUCUUGUUAUAAACAACCUUCUGAAUGAUAUUGAUGAAACCAAAAGUCACUGGAAGGUAAAAACAGAUAUGGUAAUUGUUUAUCUCAGCAAGAGUCAGUCUAUUGAUUGGAAACAUUUAACUCUUAGUGAUCAGAAAUUGAAGGAUGCUCAGAAAAAAGAUAUGGAUGACAUGAAUUCAAAUGAGGAUCCUUCACAGGGCCUUAUGAACUUGAUGAAGAAGAUGUAUACUGAAGGUGACGAUGAUAUGAAAAGAACAAUUGCAAAAGCUUGGUGUGAAGGGAGGGAAAAAGGGCGUGAACACUUUAGAGUAGACAAUUUGAUUAAGUGAGAUAAUUUUUAAACUGCAUAAUGUAUAUAUAUGUCUAUGAAGGGUUCAUAGUUAAUAAUUUUUUUUUUCUAUCUUUAUACAAUUUAUUUUGUUCAGAAAUUACAUAUGAUUGUAUGCUAACCACGAUUUUAUUGUUAAAAUAGUGUAUGUAAUACUUUGUUAGUCAAGAAUUUUAUAGUAGAGUUUUUGUAUUCGAUUAGAAUAUUUUUACCCUAUCUCAGCAAUCUAUUUUAAGAUUUAGAUUUAACAAAGCUCAAAGUUUCUUUAGAUAUACAGUUACCUUCUCAUGUAGCUAGCUAUAUGAGAGGAAAUAAUUGAAUAUGUGAGAUUUAUUUUAUAUUCUACAUGCAAUUAUGAAAACAAAAAUAAUAUUAGUAAUAAGUUGCUUAUUCAUUUGUUGAUAUUAAAACAUAAUUGAUUCCUCUAGAGGUGAAAGUACAAAUUUGUUUAUUUAUGAAUCUUUCCUGAGAUAUUUCUUAGCAGUGCCUAAAAUAAGCUUAAGAAGGUUUGGCUGUUCCAUAUUUUAAAAGAACCUCAAGAUAUUGUUUUAAAAAUAAAUAAGAAUCUACUAAGUCUUAAGAAAAAUAAAUAUGCAUCAAUAUUUCAAUGAC